CUGGCAGAACCCCACCAACAUGCGCUUGAUCAUCGAGAAAGAUGCCAACGCCGUCGCUGAAUGGGUCGCUGCGUAUGUGGUGAAGCGCAUUAAAAAAUUCAAUCCCACGCCGGAGAGGCCGUUUGUCUUGGGUAUGUCCACGACAGAGUGUUGAGCGGAUUCAGCUCGUGGCAAUGCACUUAGGUUGCCCAACGGGUAGUUCACCGUUGCCGACGUACAAGCGACUGGUACAAUAUCACAACGAACGUAUUUUGAGUUUCGAAAACGUGGUCACGUUCAACAUGGACGAGUACGUCAACCUACCAAGGGACCACCCAGAGAGCUACCAUACCUAUAUGUGGACGAACUUUUUUCAACACAUUGAUAUCAAGCGUGAAAACGUGCACAUUUUGGACGGCAAUGCGCCAGAUUUGGAAGAGGAAUGCAAACUGUACGAAGAGAAAAUUGCGUCCUUUGGCGGUAUCGAGCUAUUCUUGGGGGGCAUUGGUCCCGAUGGCCAUAUUGCCUUCAACGAGCCUGGUUCGUCACUGUCGUCCCGCACACGUGUGAAGACGCUGGCGUACGAUACGAUUGUCGCGAACUCGCGCUUCUUUGGGGGCGAUAUGAACCUCGUGCCCAAGAUGGCGCUUACCGUGGGCGUGGCCACGGUCAUGGAUGCGCGUGAGGUGCUCAUUAUCAUCACGGGUCACUCGAAAGCGUAUGCGUUGUAUAAAUGCAUCGAAGAAGGCGUCAACCACAUGUGGACGGUGUCUGCGAUUCAAAACCACAACAAGGCCGCGAUCGUGUGCGAUGAAGACGCAACCUUAGAGCUCAAGGUGAAGACGGUCAAGUACUUCAAAGGGCUCCACGAGACGAACAUGAGGAUGCUUGCGAAGUGAGCAUUUUCGACAUGGUUUACAACUAGUAGUUACUAGUAGUAGGAUCUCUGGAUGUGGGGCAAACCCUAACUUUUUCUGGUUAUUUUACA